UAUGCUUAGUCGAAUGAUGCCUGUGAAAAAUAUUGUUCAUUUAGGAAGGAACGAACGAAAGCUGGCUGAAUUUACACGGCAUACUAUGUCAACUCCCUCUGCAUUCUUUGGGACGAUUCCACCGCCUCAACGAUUGCUACGGCCUUUGCACGUCAAUGAGAGAAAAUUGUUUGGACCAGGCCCGAGCAAUAUGCCGCCAUUAGUAGUGGAAGGUCUAACUCAACCACUUCUCGGUCAUCUCCAUCCAGAAUUUUUGGAAAUAAUGGAUGAUGUUAAAUCCGGCAUUCAAUAUGUCCUUCAGACUAAUAAUCCCCUCACUUUUGCUGUCCCUGGCAGUGGCCAUGCUGGCAUGGAGUGUGCCAUCAUGAAUUUACUGGAUGAAGGAGAAACUAUUUUGGUUGUGCAGAACGGUGUUUGGGGCCAAAGAGCUGCGGAUUUAUCAGACAGACUAGGUCUUAAUGUGCGAAAAUUGGUUGUGCCUGAAGGAGAGGUGAUAAGUGUGGAGGAUUUUUCUGAGGCUGUUGACAAUUAUCGGCCGCAAGUUGCCUUCCUUUGCCAUGGAGAAAGUUCGACUGGCGUUGCUCACCCGUUGGAACGUUUUGGCGAUAUUUGCAAUGCUUAUGAUUGCCUAUUUCUUGUUGAUGUGGUUGCUUCACUUGGAGGUGCUCCUUUCCACGCUGAUGAUUUAAAAGUGGAUUGUGUUUAUUCGGCUACACAAAAAGUACUAAACUGCCCACCUGGAUUGGCACCUAUUUCAUUUAGCGAAAAAGCUUUGAAGAAAAUGCUAAACAGAAAGAAACGAGUACCGUCAUUUUAUUUGGAUGCUUUAGAAUUAGGAAAUUAUUGGGGCUGUUUCGAUGAACCACGAAGAUAUCACCACACAGCACCAAUAUCACUAGUUUACGCGCUGCGUGAAGGUCUUUCGAUUGUAGCUCAGGAAGGAAUAAAAAACUUGGUUGAGAGACACCAGAAGAACGCUAAGCUAUUCUAUACCGCUUUGAAGGAGCUGGGUCUGGAACCCUAUGUCGAGAAUGAGGCCUGUUCAGAGCAAGAACUUGUAUUUAAGUUUUCUAUUUAG